ACAGCAACCGUUAGCACCAUCUAAGUGCGUUUCUCGUCGACCUGCACAUUUCACGAGCGUCUUCCGAGUGACAGUUUCUACCCGGACUUCAUUUGACUGAAAACAACCGACGAGGCACAUGCAGAGGAGAUUGAUGGUGACUCGAAGAAACGCGUGUGGUCAAGUACGCCACUGUGCUUCCUGUGCGGCUGCCGGUUCCAGUUUGGAAGAUAGUCUCGAUCGAUUUGUGUUUCACCGGGGUAGCAGUGUUUUUGACCGAGGACCAACUUUAAGAAAAAAAGUCCGGUCUACCAGUUCAGUUUGUGGAAGUGCCUCGAAGGCCAGAAGAAAAGCGUGUGGUCACGUACAAAACAGUGGAUCCCGUUACGCUGUCGGUUCCAGUUUGGACGGUUACCUAGGAAGAUCCCCACCAGUGCGGCGAUUUAUCGAAGAACGCCAUCGGAAAAAAUUUGUUCUGGAUCAGGUCCGUCGUCUAGUGAGUGCCAUCGACCGCCAUAUUGGAGCGAACAAUCACACACGAGGAUAUUCCGACGUCAUCUCGAUGUUCGUUGGUCCCGGUGUGUCGCUCUUGUGGACGUACCAGAAAGACGGAGAAACAAUCAUACGUGUCGAUAUUCCGGUGAGAUUGUAAAGAUCAAUCGGUCCACGUGUGCCAUCUGUCGUAGGAAGAUGACGAGACUGCCACGAGGUUCAGCUACGGUUUGACAUUCCCACCAUUUAAAUCCCUAACCAACUCAACAUAAAUAUGAAUAAACUCCCAUCUAUCAUGUGAA